ACUAUUUCUCCUGACCAACAGCUGACUCAAUAUCCUUUUGCCAAACUCCACUCAGGAUGGAGUUUGGUAGGGGGAUAUGGGUCUCCAUAUGCACCAUUAUGUUAGGUGUCUGUUGUCCCACUACAACAGCUACUACUACUAAUGCUCCAGCUACAACAGUGAACUUAAUCCCACCACUGACAACAAAUCUUCUAAUAUCAUCCUUCAACCCUGCUCACAAUGGCCGCGUAUGCAGUACGUGGGGCAACUUCCACUACAAGACCUUUGAUGGGGACAUUUUCUACUUCCCUGGGCUCUGCAAUUAUGUCUAUGCCUCCCACUGCAAAGCUGCCUAUGAGGACUUCAACAUCCAGAUCAGGCGCACUGUGGUGAAGAAUGCUCCUACUAUCAACUACAUUACCAUGAAGCUCGAUGGGGUGGUUUUUGAAAUGGCAAAGAACCUUGUUGUUGUCAAUGGCAACAGGGUUCAGCUGCCUUACAGCCAGUCUGGAAUCACAGCUGAGAGAAACAACAUGUACAUAAAAGUGACUGCUAAAAUGGGCCUGUUGUUCAUGUGGAAUGAAGAUGACAGCAUCCUGCUGGAACUGAAUGAAAAAUAUGCCAAUUAUACCUGUGGGCUUUGUGGGGACUACAAUGGUAUUCCAACUUACAAUGAGUUCUUUUCAAACAAUGCCAAGCUUACUGCCACAGAGUUUGGAAAUAUGCAGAAGAUAGAUGGGCCAACAGAAGUCUGCGAGAAUCCUAACCCAUCCCCCCUAAACAACUGCACAGACAAUUUUGAUGACAUUUGCCACCAAGUAUUGACUGGCCCUGCAUUUUCAGCAUGUAAUUCACUAGUUGAGAUUGGAGAGUACAUUAAGUCUUGUGCUAUAGACUUAUGCAACUGUCACCAGUCUAUUACUGACUUCUGUACUUGUAACACCUUUGGUGAAUACUCCCGGCAAUGCGCCCAUGCCGGUGGGCAUCCUCAGAACUGGCGAACACCAGAACUAUGUCCCAAGACGUGUCCUUUCAAUAUGCAGUACCAGGAAUGUGGCUCCCCCUGCACUGACACUUGCUCCAAUCUUGAAAGAUCUCAAAUCUGUGAAGACCAUUGUGUGGAUGGCUGUUUCUGUCCUGCAGGAACUGUGUUUGAUGACAUUAACAAUACUGGCUGCAUUCCCUUUGAGACGUGCUCCUGUACUUACAAUGGCCACUCUUAUGCUCCAGGGAAAUCUUUUAACACCACUUGCAAGUCCUGUACCUGCAAUAGAGGCAAGUGGGAAUGCAGAGACAUUCCAUGCCCUGGAUCUUGCACAGUAGAGGGAGGUUCACACAUCUCUACAUAUGAUGAAAAACGUUACAAUGUCCAUGGAGAUUGCACUUAUGUUCUCUCUAAGCUCUGUGAAAAUGAAACUUUUGCUGUUCUGGGAGAGCUGAGCAAUUGUGGCUUGACACUCACUGAGACAUGCUUAAAGACAAUAGCCCUCAGCAUUAAUGGAGGGCAAACUAUCAUUGUGAUCAAAUCUGGAGGCGGUGUGUUUGUGAAUUGGAUCUACACUCAAUUGCCCGUAUCAGCACCUAAUGUCAUCGUUUUCCGACCCUCAACCUUCUUCAUCUUUGUGGUGACAAACUUUGGACUCGUGAUUGAGGUACAACUUGUACCUAUCAUGCAAGUGUUUGUGCGGCUGGAUCCAUCUUUCAAAGGGCAGACCUGCGGUCUCUGUGGAAACUUCAAUAGUAUUGAGGCUGACGACUUCAAAGCCAUAAGUGGUGUAGUGGAAGGAACAGCAGCUGCAUUCGCUAAUACCUGGAAAACGCAAGCGUCAUGCCCUAACAUCCAAAACAACUUUGAGAACCCUUGUGCCCUCAGUGUACAAAAUGAAAAGUACGCUCAACACUGGUGUGGCUUGCUGGUGGACAGCAGUGGGCCUUUUGCCAAAUGCCACUCCACAGUGAAUCCAACUGUUUACCACACGAACUGUCUGUUCGACACCUGUAACUGUAAAAAGAGUGAAGACUGUAUGUGCGCUGCCCUCUCUUCCUACGUGAGAGCCUGUGCUGCCAAAGGAAUCCAGCUGAAUGGAUGGAGGACGGAUGUUUGUUCCAAAUAUCCAACCUCGUGUCCCAAAUCCCUGAGCUACAGCUAUGACAUCAGUUCCUGUCAGCCUACUUGCCGGUCUCUGAGUGAGCCUGAUAUCACAUGUAAUAUCAAGUUCAUUCCAGUUGAUGGUUGCACCUGUGAAAAAGAAACCUACAUGGAUGAAUAUGGCAAAUGUGUGGCUGCUAGAAAAUGUCCUUGUUAUUACAAAGGAUCUCCUGUUUCCGCUGGGGAAGUUGUUCAUGAUGAUGGUCUUGUGUGCACUUGUGCCCAGGGUAAGCUGAGCUGCAUUGGAGCUCAGAACCAAACGUCAGUUUGUGCUCUUCCCAUGGUUUACUUUGACUGCAAAAAUUUUCCUGUGGGCACCACUGGAGCUGAAUGCCAGAAGAGCUGCCAGAUUCUUGACAUACAGUGUUACAGUACACAGUGUAUAUCUGGUUGCAUGUGCCCCUCUGGUCUCGUGUCGGAUGGUAAAGGUGGCUGUAUUGCUGAAGAAGAAUGCCCAUGUAUUCACAAUGAGGCUACCUACAAACCAGGGGAAGAGAUCAAAGUUGACUGCAACACCUGCGUGUGUAAGAACAGGAAGUGGAUAUGCACCACUGAACAAUGCCUGGGUACAUGCUCUGUUUAUGGUGAUGGACAUUACAUCACAUUUGAUAGCAAUCGGUUUAACUUCAAUGGAGACUGUGAAUAUACAUUAGUUCAGGACCACUGUGGAAAUAACAGCACAGUCAAUGGAACCUUCCGAGUUGUCACUGAAAACAUCCCCUGUGGUUCCACUGGGACCACCUGCUCUAAGUCUAUUAAAGUCUUCCUAGAGGCCUAUGAGUUGAUACUGAGUGAGGAACACCUUGAAGUAGUUAAAAGAGAAAAUGGAAGGCAAAUGCCAUACCAGGUCCGCUCUAUGGGCAUGUAUUUGGUUAUUGAAACCAACAAUGGACUGAUUCUAAUGUGGGAUAAGAAAACCAACAUCUUCAUCAAACUCAGCCCUGAUUUCAAGAGCCAGAUCUGUGGACUGUGUGGGAACUACGAUGGCAAUGCCAUUAAUGACUUUACCACCAGGAGUCAGUCUGUUGUACAAAAUGUACUGGAAUUUGGAAACAGCUGGAAAGUGUCUCUUACUUGUCCUGAUGCCAACUAUCCAAAGGACCCGUGCUCCACCAACCCUUAUAGGAAGUCCUGGUCACAGAAGCAGUGCAGCAUCAUCAACAGUGAAGUCUUUGCUGCCUGUCACUCUCAGAUUAACCCAGCUAAGUAUUAUGAAGAAUGUGUGGCUGAUGCUUGUGCCUGUGACACUGGGGGAGAUUGUGAAUGCUUCUGCACAGCAGUAGCUGCAUAUGCUCAAGCAUGCAGUGAAUUUGGUGUUUGUAUAGCCUGGAGAACUCCCUCAAUCUGUCCUAUGUUCUGUGAUUAUUACAACGUAAAAGGAGGAUGUGAUUGGCACUACAAACCUUGUGGAGCCCCCUGCAUGAAGACCUGUAGGAAUCCAAGUGGAAUAUGCCUUCAUAAGUUACCAGGCUUAGAAGGCUGCUAUCCAAACUGUCCUGCAAACAAGCCAUAUUUCAAUGAGGAUGAAAUGAAGUGUGUUGAUACGUGUGGUUGUUAUGAUGCUGAAGGAAACUACCACGAACCAGGCGGGAGCUUCUACUUGAGGGACAACUGUCAGUUAUGUACAUGCACAAUGGAAGGCACAGAGUGCACGUUUGAUGCUGAAGCAUGUUAUUGCUACUAUGAAGGGCACACAUAUAAAUAUAAGGAUGUUAUUUAUAACACCACAGAUGGGAUUGGAGGGUGUAUGAGUGCAACUUGUGACAUCAAUGGAACAAUAAACAGAGAAGUAUUUGAAUGCAGUGGAAUUACAACCACCACCCCGUUUACAUUUAGUACAGUUCAACCUACAAGUUCUGCAGGAACAACAAUGAUGCCACCAGUUACAACUGUAUGUGUUCAUGAAGAAUGCCACUGGUCAGCAUGGUACGACAUCAGCUCUCCAGCCGAAGGUUCCAAAACUGGAGAUUUUGAAACAUUUGACAAUCUAAGACAAAAGGGCUAUAGAGUUUGCAAACAUCCAAGAGAUGUUGAAUGCAGAGCAACACAGUACCCUGAGACUCCACUAAAAGACCUGAACCAAACGGUGACAUGUAGCAAAAAUAUUGGACUCAUAUGUAAUAAUGAGGACCAGACUACAUCAAUCUGCGACAACUACGAGAUCAAAAUACUAUGUUGUAGUUAUCUCCCAUGUGUGUCUUCACCAUUCACCACAUUAGUCACCAUUAAUGAAUAUCCAACAGCAACAACUACUACAGUUAAAUCAAAAACAAUUUCAAAUCCAACUACUACAAGAACUGAAGAAGGUUCAACUACCGUUACACCACCAAAAAUGACAACAGGUUUAACAUCAACACUUAAAGAAUCUACAAUAACAGAAAGCCGGACACUACUUUAUACAAGUCUAGCUCUGCCAGAAUCACAAAGAACCACGCCUGUACCCGCAGAACCCACUUCAGUAUCAGUCCCCUCCACUUCUUCUCCCCCAACUCCUGCAACAUCUAUACCAGCAGGGUCAGCUGGUACAACAUCAGCACAAACUGGUCCAAAUAUAAGCACCACCCUUACGCCUCCACAAAAAACAACAGGUUCAACCUCAACAGUGAAGGAAUCUACAACGACUGAAAGCACUACACUUCUUUCCAAAAGUCCAGCACUGCCAACAGCAAAAGGAACCACAACUGUACCACUCGGCCCCAUUACAGUAUCACUCAACACCACUGUCUCUUCUCCAGUUCCACCAACUUCAGUACCAACAG